AUGCGUCAUUUUCUUCGUUCUUCUGAUUGGGGUUCAUUUUUCUGCUACAUGGUCAUUCAAGACGAGUUACUUGCUGAAGAAAUUGAGAAGUCCAGAGCCUCUGAUACGAACUGGAUCCCACCCCCUCUUGGGUGUCUUCUCAAGUAUUUUGUAGAAUUGGAACAUGAUGUGGAUGAAGGUGACAAAACUUCAAAGUGGAUUAUGGCAAUCAGUUCUUGCAUGAGAGAUAUGUUCCACUAUGCUCGUGUCUCUGGAUUACAUAUACUGGAGUGUAUUAUAGAUACUGCACUAUCUGCUGUGAAGAGGGAACAGCUUCAAGAAGUUAGCAAUAUUCUUUCACUCUAUCCUCUUCUUCAACCCCUGGUAGCUGUUAUGGGUUGGGAUCUAUUACCUGGUAAAACACUUGUCCGGAAGAAAAUGAUGCAAUUAUUGUGGAGAAGUAAAUCACAGGAACUAAGGCUGGAAGAGUUUUCAUUUUAUGGAAAACAGUCAGAUGAGAUAUCUUGCGUGGAACAUCUUUGUGGUAUUCUAUGUUAUCGGCUGGAUCUUGCUUCUUUUGUUGCCUGUGUCAAUUCUGGUCGACCUUGGGAUUCAAAAUCUUCAUUACUGUUUUCUGGGAAGGAUUUUCAGGUGAAUGAAAACGAGGACGUCAGUUUGGACCCUUUUGUUGAAAAUUUUGUUCUGGAACGACUUGCUGUCCAGACACCUUUGCGGGGUUUGGAUUUUGUCAAGGGUUUUAAGAAAGGACUUUGAGAAGGAAUCAAGGAACAAGGAAGAACCACUGAUCUAGGCUACCAUUUUGCUCCGGUAGCAGUGAGCUUGCUCUGGCAACGGUGAGCUUUAUUCUUCUUUGACAGGAGUAGAAAUAUAGUGGAUGACCUUUGGGCUUAGGCACUCAUUUUGGCAUUAUAGAGGUAAGUAUAAUAAAUACUUGUAUUUUUUAUGUCUUCUUUUCUUUAUA